CCACUAUUCACAACUGCCACUUUUGAUGACCAUCACACAAGACGCCAUUCACUUCCAGACAGCUCAGAUCGAUUGCCGGAACACCAUAAUCCACCAGAGACCUCGGCCAGGGAAUAACACAUAGAAAAACCCUUGUCAGCAGCCACAAUGUCGUCCCUCGCGUCCCUCAGCGCCGCGACCGACGAUCGCAAGGCCCGCCUCGCCAAGCUCAAGAACCUGAAGCGCAAACAGCCAGCAGACGAGCACGUCGCGCCAGAAUCCGACCGCGAGGCAUCUGCGCCAGCACAGGCCAAAGUACAAUCAGACGAUGGCGAGCAGCCGCAAGACGAGACCAUGGCAGAUAGCAAUGGCAACGGCCCGUCACAAGACGACGAGUCCAACCUCGCGCUCCGACACAUCAGCGGGCGCAACUACGACCCGGAAACACGCGGCGCGAAGCUGGGCUUCGAGGCGCCGCCCACGCUGGGCAUGGAGGGCCCCACGCUCGAGGAGCAGGCCGCGGCGGUCGAGAGGGAUCUCAGAGCGAAGGCUGCAGAGGAUGCCAAGGACGCGGACAAGGGCAUCGAUCUAUUCAAGCUGCAGCCCAAGAAGCCCAAUUGGGAUCUCAAGCGCGAUCUAGACAAGAAGCUCGAGAUCCUCAAUGUGCGAACCGACAAUGCCAUUGCGAAGCUGGUGAGGGAGAGGAUUGCCAGUUCCGCGAAAGCAGGCUCGGCACCGGGCACAAGUGCGGGUGCAGUCUUAGGUGAUGGCGCGAAUGUUGACGGUGAUGCGCUCGUGGAAGGGCUGAGGCAGCGGGAGCGAGAGGAGCAGGAGGAGGGUCAAAGGGAGUCCCAGGACGAGGAUCUGGUUUGAUGGCCGCUUUGCGGGAUUCCCCCCUACAAUCCAGCGAGGGCCCUUGUUGCGUUACACAGUUACUCUUUUGCAUGGCAUGGCGUUGGGCUGGAAAAGGUUUUGUUAUAUGGAUCACGCAGAACACAAUUAGACGCACGACAUGUGGUCAACACUACAAUAUAUAUACAUUAUAAGAUCA